UUUUGACCACGUGUCUCGCACUCUUCGUAUUCUGCACAUGGUGCAUUUUUACACUCCUACAUCGUGAUUCAAGCAGAGCCAAGAGCCUUCUUUGGCGGCUCGACCGAGAGCCAAGAAGGCGAACUUCGCUUCGACGCGCCACAAGCGCCAAAGAUGGACACGACUCUGACUGGGGAUCGCGAGCUACUCACAAUAUCGCAAGUCAGACAUUGCACGAGAUGGGGCCCCUUACAGUAUUAUAUGAGAGGAUGGUCCAACGCGUGUACUAUGAAGCUUUCUUCAUCACCUCUUUCCCAGACCGUGACCCAUAAGGGACCCAAGUUUGUUGUUGCCUGACGUCAUUAUUUGUGUUCCAACGGUGCAACACCACGAAACGCGCCUGUCCGGAAUUCAAUAGCAUCUUCUCGACCACUGCUCGCGGGAGAGUUUAAUAACUGCGAAAAUGUCUUCAGAGCCACCUGUGAGGGGAUGGAUCGAUCCCAACUUUCCUAAUCCUAUGGGACCAGGCGACGCAACAAUCAUCAUCUAUGGCUACACCCCCUCCAUUGUUGUCGCGAUACUGGGCAUCGUUCUGUUCGCCCUUGCGGGCGUCCUGCACAUAUGGCAGCUCUUCAAAUACCGAAGUUGGUACUUCAGUACCAUGAUCGUUGGCAUAGCAUUUGAGAUAGUAGGCUACGUCUUCCGCGCCCUGAGCGCAAAAGUAGACCCCUACCGCGUUACAUAUUUUGUAGUGCAAUAUUUCUUCAUUGUCGUAGCCCCCGUCUUCUUCGCGGCAGCAAUCUACACCAUCCUUUCCCUCCUCAUCAACGCCACGGGCCGCCACCACGCGCCCCUCCCGCCCAAGGCCAUCCUCUGGAUCUUCAUUACCUGCGACGUCGUCGCGACCGUCGUCCAGAUCCUCGGCGCCGCCCUCAUCGGCAUCGCAGAGUCCAAUCGUAAAGACCCUACUACCCCCAACAACAUCCUCCUCGCGGGUCUUGCGUUCCAGGCCUUCACCUUCCUCCUCUUCAUUAUCCUGCUCGCGGCGUUCAUCGCAAGGGCAAGGAAGGUCAUGUUCGAGGUCGUGACCAAGUGGUUCUACCUCGCGUUUAUCGCGGCCGUGGUGCUGUUCUACUUGCGGGUGUGCUUCAGGCUGGCGGAGACGGCCGAGGGGCUGUACGGUGAGUUGAAUACACACGAGGUAUACUUUGGAUGCUUGGAGUUUAUGCCAGUUGUGGUUGCUGUGUGGUUGUUGGCUAUUUGGCAUCCGGGUAGGUGUGUACCGAGGGGGACGAGCGUGAUGAGGAGCGAUGUGUAAUGGUGGGAAAAAAUAGCGAACGUGGUAUGCUAGCACCAUUGCAUGGUGGAGCGUCAGGACGGUG